AUGGGACAACACAGCAGUAUAUUAUCUACUCAGUUAGCUGAAUUUGUGUGGCGUCGAAAGUUUGGAGACAGACCAUUUGAGAAUCUUGUGAAGAAGUAUCCUGGUCGAUUACAUCAAUUAAUAUACGAUGCUGAUAAAGAUAGAACAGAUAAUGUUGAACUUGAAGAUUUCAUGAAAAUUGUUGAUGAUUUACUCAAUCAAGAGAAAGAUGAUGAUGAUGAUGAUGAUGAUUUUCUACUUGUAUUAUGA